AUGACAGAUACAAAUAACAAUAGCAACAAUGGAUAUUCUUUAAAAUUAAUUAGUUCUAUGAAAAAGGAAGCACCAUUCGAUAAAAUUUGGAAUUUAGCAUGGCAUCCAAGUGGUGAUAUAUUAGCAACAUGUGCAAACGAUAAAUUAAUUCAAAUUUGGACUAAAGACGAUAAAGAUAAUUGGGUAUUAGCUAAAUCAUUAGAAGCACACGAAAAAACUGUAAGAAGGGUUGCAUGGUCACCAUGUGGUAGAUUUUUAGCAGGUGCUAGCUUUGAUGCAUCAACUUCAAUUUGGGAAAAGACUAAAGAUCAAUUAGAUUUUAAUCAUGUUUCAUCAUUAGAGGGCCACACUUAUGAAGUUAAAUCAGUUGCUUGGGAUUCUAGCGGUACAUUAUUAGCAACUUGCAGUAGAGAUAAAUCAAUUUGGGUUUGGCAAAUGGAAGAGGAUAAUGAUUUUGAAUGUCUUUCUAUUAAUAGUGGACAUGGUCAAGAUAUUAAAUGUGUUUUAUGGCAUCCUCAAGAAGAGUUAUUAGCAAGUAGUAGUUAUGAUGAUACAAUUAAAUUUUGGAAAGAUAUUGAUGGCGAUUGGUUAUGCAUGUAUACAUUAACAGGCCAUGAAUCAUCAAUUUGGGAUAUAUCAUUCAACAAAGAUGGUAGCAAAUUAGUUUCAUGCGGUGAGGAUAAACAGGUUUUCUUUUGGAAAUAUGACAAGGAAAAUGAUAAAUGGAUAAAUAUAUUUAAAAUUAAAGAAGAAAAUUCAAGACCAAUAUAUAGCAUAGAUUGGUCUCAUUUAACAAAUAAAAUAUGUUCAGGUUCAGCUGACGAUAGUAUUGUAAUUUAUGAAGAGGGUACCGGCGAUAAUAAAGAUCAAUAUAAAGUUUUAUUAAAAAAAGAAGGUGCUCAUGAUAGCGAUGUCAACUGCACAAAAUGGAACCCAAAACACGAAAACAUUUUAGCCUCAUGUGGAGAUGAUGGAACAAUUAAAAUUUGGGAAUUAAUAAAAAAUAAUUAA